AUCGUGUUAUCAAACUGUAACAGGCUUCGAUCCCGUGCACACGUUUCAAAAUUAAAAAUGUAUAGUGUUAUAUACUUGACAUUAGUGACGUCGGCAUUGGCGUUGCCAAGUCCCGAUAUUCGUGACAACAAAGUGGAUACAAUUGAGUCGGCAGCCAGGGCGAUGGGCAAGGAUUGCUCCAGUGGGAUCUUCAGUCCGACCUGUUUGAAAAUCGAAGCCAUAUCCAUGCUGGAGAAACUCAGUGCCAAAGACGAAUUGCGGUUACUCCCUGGAAUAAGUUUAGUGAAGGAGGCCAGAGAGAACGAUAGUAAAUCUGAGGAGUUCGCUGCUGAAUUGGCAAGGUCGCUACCGUCGAAACCUGACGAGAGAUUGGACAAGUACUUAUUAUAUAAGCUUGGAAAUUAUUUGGAGACGCAUACAGUGAAGCUCAGAUUGCUGGAUGAGAGUGCCACUGAAGAAGCUAGAGCGUUGGUUGGAGAUGCAAGAGCUAAGGGUGGCCUUGGAGGUGGGAAGAAGGGUGGCAUGGGAGGACUUUUAGCUAUUGGAAUGUUGUUCAAAGGAACUCUCAUGACGCUGGGUCUUGGAGCACUGGCGUUACUCGCCGGCAAGGCUCUGAUGACGGCGAUGAUGUCGCUCCUGCUGUCCGCCAUCAUUGGUAUCAAGUCCCUCUCCAGUGGUCAUAAGUCAACAACAUACGAGAUCGUAUCAAAACCGAUAUAUAGCCACUCGCAUUCACAUUCGACAGCUCAUGAGGAUGUAGGUGGAUACGGUCAUUCAGGGUACGGAAGAAGCCUAAAUACUAGAAGACGAUAAUUUUAGUUGCUGUUUAAUUAAGUUAUUAAGCAUUUUUCGACUUUACGAUGAAAACGGAUCACCUAUUGGCAAUUUUUUUUGUUAAAAGUUUAAUUUAAUUUAAAAGAACAAAAAUCAACUGUUUUAAGUUAAUUUUUGUUGUUUAUAAUCUAUUUUGUAUUUUUUUUUCAUUGAUUUAUAUUUAUUCUUUAAUUUACAAAAAAAUUGUACAAAUAUUUAAACGUAUUCGACUUUUUAUUUAUUGAUCAAAAAUUCGCAUAUAGGUGGUCAAAUGAAACUGGAUCAUGUUCAUAGACAAGUCUUUAAGAUAUCAUAUUGGUUAUGGUGUAAUAAUGCAAUUAUAUUUGCAUUUUUAUUUUACUCAAACUACCAACGAGUUGUUAGUGACUAUUUAUUGAACCUAUUUAUUUUUAGAUUAAGGUACGCUA